UAUCAGAUUUGGGACUCUGUAUUGCCACUCUCUCUUUUCUCUCGCGCGCUUUGGUUACUCUGUCGAGAGAGGAUAUGGUCUCUACCUCGCUCUUACUUCUCUCGCCCACCUCAUUUCCUUCCAUUUCCAAAACUGAUUCGCCAUCUUCUUCCAUCUCCACCAAUUUUGGGUCCUUCUCCCAAUCUUCCAAGCGAAGCUUUAGAUUCCCAAAACGUUUUAGGUUAUUUCGGUGCCAAAUUCUUGGUGCUUCUUCACCUUCCAAUCAAUUACGCGACGAUGGCACGGCCGAGCUGUUUUUGCAGAAUAAUUCAAUUGCGGAUUUCAUGAGGUUCAAACGGGAUGGAAGCUGUACUGAGCUUCAGACUGCUGUUGUUAGUUACAGAAAGAAGUUUCCAUGGUCUAUUCUGCAGCCAUUUCUUCAGGUUGAUUUGGUGUCAACAAUUCAUAUUGCAGACAAAGACUAUUUUGAGGCCCUCCAGAAAGAACUCGAGUCCUACGAUUGUAUACUGUAUGAGAUGGUGGCUAGUAGGGAGAGCUUAGAAAACAGAAGAAAUCCAACUGCCAUGAAAAAGCUACAGAGUUCACGAUCACGAGGAUUUAAUCUUCUGGGCUGUAUUCAACGGCAGAUGGCUCGUGUUCUUACACUUGAUUUUCAAUUAGAUUGUCUUGAUUACCAGGCUUCGAAUUGGUACCAUGCAGAUCUAGACUAUGAAACCUUCACCAUACUUCAGACUGAAAAAGGUGAAAGCUUCUUUACAUUUGCUAGAGACAUGACUAUACGAUCCACCAAAGCUUUGGUUCAGCCUACUGCAGGAUCCAAAGAUCUUGAACCUUGGAAAUCAAAGCUUCUUCGGGCGUCUCGUGUGCUUCCUAUGCCACUUGUUGGAAUGCUUAUCAUUGGAAGCGUUUGUGCAGAUGGAGGAAGUCAAGCAUCAGAAUUUCCAGAAUUUGAAGCAUUGUCAAGUCUCGAUUUGGGUGCUGCAAUGAAGGUUUUUCUAGCUAAGCGUUUAACAUCUGAGUUUACACAAGUAACUGCCGAGGUGGAGGAGAGUUCUGUUAUAAUCGGCGAGAGGAACAAAGCAGCAACAGAAGCACUUAGAGAUGCCAUGGACAAGGGCCACAACAAAAUUGCCAUACUAUACGGUGGCGGUCACAUGCCCGACUUGGGGAGGCGAUUGCGAGAGGAUUUCGACCUCAUUCCUAGUCGUGUAAAGUGGAUAACAGCAUGGUCUAUUGCAAAGCGAAAAGUAUCCAGCAGUUCUCUCCCAUUUCUCAAGUCUCUGGCUGAUGUCUCAGGUUGGCCAUUGAACCGUUACCAGACCUUGGCAUUGCUAAUCUUCUCCUCAGUCCUAGCAGUGGAUCUCUGGUUUUGGGAACUCUUCUUCGGCACAGCAGCAAAUUGGAUCUCUGAAGUCGCUUUAGAUGUCUAUCAGUAUAUUGAUAAUGUACAGCUGAUGUGAAAACGUGAACAGAUUGAUGUGGAUGAGAUCUCAGAAGAGAUUACAUAUGGAGGGAUGUUCUUGGUGGUAUCAGGAAUAAGGGUACGCUUUUCUUUUACUUCUUUCUCUCCUAGGUUAGAAGUGAAAAUGAAGCCCACCUGCAUAAUAGUAGGUGAGAAGCCAAGUCCAUGAUUUACUCACGGGUGGCUGGCAGUGUUAAAAUAAUAAAAAAAAACAAAACAAAAAAUGAUUAGUCAUUCAGUAUUACUAGUCAACCCUCUGCUUUUCCAUAAACUUCAUGUGAUAAUAUAACCUCUUCUACUUCUA